CUUAGCCCUCGUUCUUUUUCAUCAAUUGUAUACUAAUUCCAUUUCCAGUCGUUUUCAAUGCUUUUCAAAGCCGAAUAAUAUACCCUGAUUACCCUCAUAUCUUUACCGGGGCCGCCUUAUCUGCUUUUCUUGGUCCCUUCCCGGCACAAGGUCAAGCGCGACUGCGACUGACGCAACAAGGGAAACCCGUGCCUACUACGCAUUACACUCGCCAUCCUAGAUCGACAAACACCCGAAAACGAACACCACCAACGAGUCGGAAUACUGAUACCCAAUUUGUUAUCCAUACACAUUCUAUCUGGCAUAUCUUUGCGAUUGUUAUACAUGCACACACCUCCCGUCAUGGAAGGUAAAUCGAUCACUUACGCAACGUCGAAAGACUGGCUCGACAUCUUGAAAAACAGAUCCAAAGUGCGCAUGCAUGAGCUCAUCGAACGACUCGGCUUACGCGCAAAAUGGUCUUCCAAUAAGCGCGGCAAGACCAACUUCGAAUCUGCGUUAGUGCGUGAUUUGGUAUCACAUAUGAGCGAUGUUGUCUCGACGUUGCCGAAAGAGUCGGACGAUUUGAUCAAGACAAUGAGUGAGGAAAACAGUCUGAAAAAGCAGAUUGAUGAGCUGUUGGAGGUACAUGGCAAUAAGAUAUGGGGAAAAGUGGGGGAGCGAGAACACUUACUCACGGCAAAUGAGACGGGUUUGGGGGAGGGGGUAUAUCCAAAAGACUUAUACUUCGAAAACAAGGAGGACAAACAGCUGAUCCACAUGCUUUUACAUUGGUGGAUAGGGCUCAAAGGAUGUAACGUCAUCCUCGCGCGUGAGCGCUUGGAGCGCGAAAAGAAGAAGAAAGAGGAGGACCGGAAAGCCAGAGCUGAAGCCGAACUGUCGGGUCAAAGUACGAAUGGGGAGACCCUUGCACGUACUUCUUUCGUUCCGCUUGUGCCAAACGUCUUACAGGCCGAUAAAGCGUCGUAUGGAAGCGCUAUGUCUACACCUCCAGAGUCGGGUGAGAGUCCUCCUGCCGACUAUCACGAUCAAGAUGGGCCUGGCUUUACAUAUGUAAGUGGCACGAACCAAUCCCAGGGCGUGCAGCAACCUCAAAACAUUGUCGAAGGUAUCUGGAGUAGAGCGCUCGCGGGUUCACAAACAGUAGACCAUGACGCACGAUCGCAACAGCACAUUGCCAUCGCACAGCAACAAGUCGACGUCGACCGGAAAGUGAGCCAUGAGCUUGCGAAGAUUGCGACGAGCUUCCGUUCAGAUGAUACAGUAGUUGAAGAUAUGCCACAACAGCGCAACAGUGUACCCUAUCGUGGCCUGGACUAUGAUAGCCUAAGAGCACUCCGAUCGUACAUCUACGGAGAGGAAGGUAGCGCGCAAUGGGAUGAGGAAGUGUUGCUCAACCGCCUCGAGCAAAUGUGGCGAGACGGCGUAAGGGCCGAUUUCGACAAGAUCGUCGACAACAUCCCAGUCUUCAUUGCAAGGGAGCGCGCGUUUCUGACAUGGAUCGAACUCAAGAGACACAUGGCAGCGCUCGAACGCGCGGAUAAACGCUGGCGCACGGAAGGUCACAGCGCACCUGAGAUUACUCGGCGUAUUCAACAACACAAAACCUUGAUGGGCUGUACACAAAGCAUUCUCGCAAACUUCGAAGACAUCGGGAAAGGCUUCGGUCUCGGAACUGACAUCGUAGUCGACAAGGACGAACUGUUACGGCAAUCAUUUGCCGUUCUCGCAGGAGAAAAGUACGCUGUCGAGAUGAUGUGGAAGGGCGUUGAGUUCACGGCCGUGGUGCAGUGGCUAUGCACUCACUUGCAGACGUUCCAGAGCGAGGAGGAAGAGGAGGGGAGGGAGAUGCUGUGGUAUGCUGGGUAGUGUAUUGUAUUGUUGAGUGUAGUGUCCGUGUAUUCGUCGAUUACCCAAAAUCUUAGGCGCUCUUACGACAGAGUCGAGAUUUAUUACUUUUGCCGCCGCGUGUUCAAACGUUCAAACCUGAGAGAUCAGUUGCGGUCGGCGGUACAUGUUUCAGCUUUUCUCAGGAUGUUCCAAAAUCCGUGUAGGAUUACGCUAGUCUAGGACUGUCGCAGACAUCCCAAG